CCUCAUCGCGCUAACAGCGUCGCAUAAAAACGCUUGUAUGUGAAUACCUUAAGGACAUAGGGCACAACACUUAAAAUAAUUGUGUUCAAAAUGGCACUAGUGCAACAAAGCUUCAAAAUGAGUGCUUUCCUCGCUCGUUUCAGCCGGGCCUACUCGACACCAGUCGAAAAAGACAUUAAAAAAUCAGUAUUCAUCUCGCAAUCCAAAGACAUUUACACCAAUUUAGCCCUCGAGGACUGGCUCUACCGCAACUUCGACUUCACAAACCACCACGUUCUCAUGCUGUGGCAGAACGAACCGUGCGUCGUUAUCGGCAGGCACCAGAACCCCUGGCUCGAAGCCAACGUCUCCGAACUGAACAACAUCUCGGAAAAGGGGGUGAAAUUGGCGAGACGCAACAGCGGCGGAGGUACAGUUUAUCACGACUUGGGAAAUCUCAACAUGACUUUCUUCACUGGGAGAGAACAGUACAACAGAAAGUAUAACCUGGAGAUCGUCACCAGAGCGCUGUUCAGGGAGUAUGGACUCAAGCUGGAGAUAUCGCCCAGACAAGACCUCACGCUGCGCAAUUGCAAAGUAUCUGGAACGGCCGCUAAAUUAGGCAGACCCAGCGCCUACCACCACUGCACCCUUCUGGUCAACUGCAACAAAGUUAACCUCAGUCAGGCCCUCCAAAAACUGGACGCUGGCAUCCAAACAAACGCGACUAAAUCCAUCAAAUCAAAAAUAAUUAACUUGUGUGAAGAAAACCCCAAACUCGACGUACCUUCGCUGUAUCGAGUCGUUGGUUGGGAGUAUUUACGCACCCAGGCCUUAUCUGUCAAAGACGGUGGCUUGGAACUUGCCAACAAACAAAAAGGGUUUCAGAUGAUCAACCCCACAGAGCAAUGGUUUCCCGGUAUCAAUGCACUUAGAGAUACCUUUCAAGGCUGGGAAUGGCGUUACGGCCGAACACCAAAAUUCACAAUAACACGGUCGUUUACGGUUCCGGAUAAUUUGCUCAAUACUGACGUUCCAGACGAUUUGAGAGUAACCAUGGUGGUUGAAAAUGGCAAAAUCAGCGACGUGAAUUUGUUCCUUCCGCCAGGUUUAGCAGCAAAUGGUUUCAGUGGUAAUGUAAAUGUUAUAACGAGUCUCAUUGGCCACAAAUUUUCUGAGGAGGCUCUAGAUAAUUUAGAGUGGUCUGUUGGGACUUUGAUUAGCGAUAAAGAUAAAUUUGUUACAGACUGUGUGCGACAAGUCAUGCAAUCUGUAUAAUAUGAGGUUGGACAGAAAGACAAAUGAUUUGUGUUUCUGUCCAUGUUCUGUUUCUAAACGUACUAUCACGGUACCAGUUUCCUCUUGCUAGUGCCAUUUAUUGUUUAGUUAGUAUUUCGGUUAAAUUAUCAUCACAUUAUUUUAACUGUUAGAUAAUUGUGUUAUUUUUUGAUGUGUUAUUAUCUUUAGAUUAAGUUGAAAACCGUUCUGAACGGUCAACAAGAAUUAAUCAUAUCAUUUAUAACUUACAUUAUUAUUAAUUGACUAUGUUUCAUAACUUACUGGAUCUGAUUUUUGUAAAUAUUUUUUUAGUCUAAUUGAGUAGGCGGUAUUCAUUUUUUAAUUAGUUAAUGUUUCUAAUAGUGCUUUAACUCGCUUCUGCAAUUUUGUGUUUAAGGUGUUGUGCCUUUUAGGUUAGGUGUUACUAAUUGUUAUUAGUAAGUUAUAAUAAGAAUUUUUACAAUAAAUCAAGUAUUUUUAAACUA